GCCACUAUGCCUCGGCGUCAAUUAAUCCUGUUUUGUGUAUUCCAUCGAAUUUUCCUCACAACCAGGUCCACUGAAAAAACUUUUUAACUUGAUUUUACGAUGAUACCUUCUGACCAGAUGACAUAGACCAUGUUAUAGGUGAAGUGAUUUCGAGAAAAAAAAUACAUUAGGGGACUCAAAAAUGGCUGAGGGUGGAAACGAGAUCAAAACUGGGGAUAGUCAUAUGGAAGUAAAUGAAUGCCUGGCUAGUUGGCUGACUUAUUUACAGAGGUUGAACGGAUUAUGUACGGCGGGUACAAAAUUGGCACUGUCUCUUCAAACUCUUCUCUCAAUCCACAAUACAAAUUCCCAAUGCCAAUUGACUGGUCAAUGCUUGGCAGGUUGGGAAGGCUUAACAAGGGCUACUAGUGUGGCCACAAAUACUGUCAAAAAUCAUGUUGUUGUAGCUUUAAAGGAUCACGAGAUCCUUGAAAAUGCCGGAGACAAGCACGACAUCCUUCGUGACAAUCUACUAACCUUCAUAAAUCUUCAGUAUCAGUUUUGUGUCGCAUGCUGUGAAAACCUGAGUGGAAUGGCUGAUUGUUCUUGUUUGCAAGUUGGAAACGCUGAAUGUGAUAUUGCAGCACUUCAACAAUGUUUCGAACGAUUGUACAGUUCACCACCCCCAAUAGCCACAUCUCAGCAGACUCAGCAAAAUUGUCACCGAUCACCUUUACCCUAUCCAUUGUUUCCUCUGCAGGUUCAGAGACGAUGGUCGGAGACUGCUGCUGGUGAGAUGUCUGGUGAGUCUGCAGAAAAUACAGUCAGAAGAUGGUCCAUGCCCUGGGAAAUGAGAACUAGACUGAAAGUACCUUUAGAAGAACGCAGUAGCAGUAGCAGUCAGGAUGGACUUCGCGAAGCUAUACAGCUUCUUUCUUGCAAACCUGGCAUAAGGCCAUCAAACCAGCUCUCAAAUUUUGCUAGUCAGCACAUACCGGGAUACGAGUUGCGGGUUACAAGUUACGAAAAUUCAAUUUGGCCGGAUGCGAGACCAACAGGUCAUCGCGAUAGUGACCAGAGUGGCCGAGAUUCAGAGUACAGCGGAGCCAGUGGAAGUGAUUAUGCUGGUACGACUGAUGUGCUCACAUCUAGAAAAAGUAGUUCAUCAACAGAUUCUUGUAUGUCUGCUCACAGUCGAUCUGGUUCCGAGAGUGCCGGUGCUGGGGAAUGUGCAAGGUCACAAUUAUAUUCAAUGUGGAGCGGCGGUGAUUUGCCUUUCAUAAAAUUGACGGAAAGUACCGAAGUCCGUGAUGAACAUCCUCCAGUGUGAAUAGAAUUCGUGUGCAAUAGAUAGAAGUACUGAAAAAAGAAAAAGGAAAAAAAAUCCGAUGUCACUUAAAUGUAUAGGAAAACGUUUCUGACUAACAAAAAAUGUCCUCUUCCACUCAAUGUAACAGAAAUAUUGCUUCAAGCAGAAACUAAAAAUGUUUGAUUUUUUUACUAGAAUUUAUGUCAUUUGGCAACUGACCAAUUAAAUUAAAAUUGAAUUAAAUUAGAAUUAAAUUAUAAGCAUUCGUGAUUACUUAGGAGAAUGUAGCAAAUUGGUUACUUAGAUACAUAAAAAGUAUGAUUGCAGGAGGGAGGAAAUUAGCUCAAAUUUUCAAUCAGUGUGAACUUAAACUAUAGGAUUUUAGCAACUGCAAUAUUCGAGAUUUUGCUCUGGUAGCAAAUUCUUCUAUUUUUCACUCUAGAAUGAGUGUGUUUUAAAAAGAUUUAUUCUUUUCUUUUAGGCAUUUUGAAUUUAUUCUCAAUAUUGGGUUAUCUUAUUUCUUACUACAUAUAAUGUAGUUUUAGAGAAAAUAUCCAUUUUUAUUCUGACAUUUUUUUAUUGUAGAUUUAAUUCUCUUAUAAACGGAAUAAUUGAAAUGAAUUGUACAAGAGCACAAAAUAUUUCUUUAGAUCAGUUAAUAUUCCGUCAAGUCUUGAACUUUUAAAGUAAUAACGUUAUUAAAGUUAAUAAAUAGGGCGAUUGUAAUUUGUAAAAAGAAGAAUUAAAUAAUUAUAAAUUUCACUGUCGGUCGAGCCACGUAUCAAAUACGGCUGAGCUGUCUAACAGCUCAUAUAAGUAGGAAAUCAAAAACGAUCAAAUUAUCUCGUUAAAGCCAAAGAGCGCGAAAUCUAAAUUUCUAAGAAAAUAACGUUUAUU